GAGGAACUAGUGAAGCGGCUGCAAGCGAGGCUGCGGCUUCUAGGCUGGCCGGCGGCAUGGCCGACGAGGAGGAAGACCCUGCUUUUGAGGAAGAAAAUGAAGAAAUUGGAGGAGGUGCAGAAGGCGGACAGGGUAAAAGGAAGAGACUUUUUUCUAAAGAAUUGCGAUGUAUGAUGUAUGGGUUUGGGGAUGACCAGAAUCCUUAUACUGAGUCAGUGGAUAUUCUUGAAGACCUUGUCAUAGAGUUCAUCACUGAAAUGACUCACAAGGCAAUGUCAAUUGGAAGACAAGGUCGGGUACAAGUCGAAGAUAUCGUCUUCUUGAUUCGAAAGGACCCAAGGAAGUUUGCUAGGGUUAAAGACUUGCUUACUAUGAAUGAAGAAUUGAAACGAGCUAGAAAAGCUUUUGAUGAAGCAAAUUAUGGGUCUUGACACUUUCUGUAUUUUCUGAAGCUUCAUUAUUUUCUGGGGAAACCGUGUAUAAUAAUUGUAUAUUUUCCACAGUAAGGUCCCAGUAUCUAUCCAUGUAUAUCCAAGAUGGAGAAACAAAGUUUUCAGCUUUUAUUUUCAGAUCUUCAAUUUUAGAGUGAAAUUUGAGCCUUGAAUUGCCUGCCCUUAUAUGACUAUACUUGAAUUACUUGUUGGGUUUUAAUGACCACAUGUAAGUUGAAAUACCUUGCAAACCAUGCAGUUCCUUCUGACUUUGACCGUCUAAAU